UUCAUUUGGCGAAUUUCAACAGUUCAACUUUGUGAAGUUUGCGAUUAAGUACUAUCGUCGUCAGACGAAGGCAUCAAAAUGGCUACCAGCACAGAAGAAAUGUUUCGUAGACGAGUUCAGUCAAAGAUUGCUGGAGAGUUUCUCAAAGAAAUUGACCCAGAUGCAUUAAAAGAUCCAGAUAGAUACAAGGGUGAAGGAGGGCCUCUAAGUGCUCACAUGGAUCUAAAAACUCAAAAAGAGUUUGAGAGAAAGUUCGAAAAAUAUCGAACGAAAACCUCUGCAUUUAACUUUCAAAACAUUCUGUGGCUACUUGCCGCAAUGGCAGUGUUUCAUUUUACUGACUUUGUUCUUGUCUUGAGAUAUGACCCCAGAAUUGACAGGUUGUGGUUUAACAUUGGAGCUAUCCUUAUUGCCAUCAACCUGUCCAUUGCCUUUUUCCUCGUUGUUUGGCUCACCUUUAUUAAAAAGAUUAGUUCCGAUAACUGGGAGCGCAUGUAUCCAGCAGCCAUUCCCAUUGCAUCGGCAGCAUUCCUUGGUGGUGGAAUAUGCUUGAUGGUAGGACUGUGGCCAGUGUGGGGUUUCCUGACUCCACCCAUCCUCUUCAUUAUUUUCAUGGGUUUCGUUGUUGUUAUUGCCAUGUUUGGAUGACCUUCACAAGCCAAAGAGCUCUCCACAUUUAUGCAUGGUGACAAAUAUUUUAUAUUUUGUGGACCAAUGAAUUAAUCCAUUUUAAUUAUGAAAUCAAAAUUUUGCUGCAAUUUUUUUUUUUUUUUUAAUAUAUAUAUAUUUUUUAUAUAUGUUAUGCUAACAUACUUUGUGAUAUUUGUGGGUACCAAUGUUGCCAUAUAUGUUGUUUGAAUGCUUUUAAAUAUGCCAGUGAAUGAUACAUUAAAUAAAUUUUGCAAAUGCCAGAAUGUUUUCAUGUCCUGGACAGAGGAGCCGGCAAAAUGCGACACCUGCGCCCAUGACAGCUGUGUGCAACAACAGCUUGUUCUGAAUGUGCAUGUUAAAACCUAUGACCUGACGGUACCUGUUUGAGGUUGUUUGUUUUUAUUUCUAAGAAUGUAAAUAUUUUAUGGAAAUAUCCAGGAUUUAUAUUGGAAUGGGGUGUAAUUCAAUAGGGCCACUUGUUGGGCUGCUAAUUUUCAGAAAAUUUAUAAUAUAUUUGAGGGUAAUUAGGAUACUUUUAAUAUUUAAUAUUUAUAAGGGGGUGCUGUACUCCAGAAGUUUAUUUCUCGUUCCUGCUAGUGCUCCACAACUGCUGUAACAAAGGCUGUGGUAUGUACUAUCCUGUCUGUGGGAUGGUGCAUAUAAAAGAUCCCUUGCUGCUAAUCGAAAAGAGUAGCCCAUGUAG